GUAUCCCAAAUAUUGUGCUUAUUAUUCUCUUUGGUGGCCUCAAAGUUAGGUUCAUUGAUAUUUACGUCUAGUUCAAGCAAUAAGCAAUUAUUUAAAUGUAUAAGCGAAAGGAUAAAUAAACCUUUACAUAAAAGAAAUGGCAGGAGAUUACGAAAAAACUCGACGUCGUAGUACUGAGAGACAUCGAAGUCGCAGUCGAGAUAGAUACAGAAGCCGAGAUCGUGAUAAACGAGAACGAAAAAGAGAUCACAGCAAUGAUCGGUAUAGGAACAGCAGCAGAGAACGCAAACACAGUAUUGAACGGCAUACUAAAGAUAAACGCAGGAGUAGCAGCAGUGACAAUAACAGAGAUGUCGGCGGUGAAAGAGAGAAAAAAUAUCGUCAUAGGGAUGAUGACACGGAUUACUCAAGGAAUCGUGAGAGAGCGCAAAAUCGAGAUCGCGGUCGGAGCUCCUACAAAGAAUUUACAGGCGGUGGACUAGGAGGAGGGUUAGGUAGCGGUGAACAGGCUCCCCGCGGUCGAUACAAACCCCAGGAGGAAGAAUUCCUCGAUGCGAGGAGAGAAGAAAGAGAGAGAAUAGGUGAAGUUGGGGUGUCUUCAGUUUGGGGAAAGUCUCCAACUAGGGCUGACUCUGAAGAAGAACUACAAGAAAAUAAUUCAGAAAAAGGCAAGGAAAAGAAAAAAAGUAAGAAAUCCAAAGACAAAGAUGGUACAAAAAAAAAGCUCAAGAAAUUAAAGAAGAAACUAAAGAAAGUAAAGAAAGCAAGAAAAAAAGCUAAGAAAAAAUCUAAAAGUUCAAGUAGUGACAGCAGCUCUAGCAGUGAGGAGGAGUUGUGGGUGGAAAAAGGAAAAGAGCAUGAAGUUGAAGCUACAACCACAAAAUCAUCAAAAUCAAAGAAACAUGAUGAAGAACUAGCAUCGGAAGCAUAUGGACCAGUGCCUCGAGUUGGGCCAGCUUUAGGACACAAAGAUUUUGGGCGAGCUUUGCUGCCUGGAGAAGGAGCUGCAAUGGCAGCCUAUGUCGCUGAAGGUAAACGUAUUCCAAGAAGAGGUGAAAUCGGACUGACUUCAGAUGAAAUAGCAGCAUAUGAAUCCGUGGGAUAUGUAAUGAGUGGAAGCAGGCAUCGACGUAUGGAAGCAGUACGUAUACGCAAAGAGAACCAGAUCUACUCAGCCGACGAGAAGCGAGCGCUUGCUGCCUUCAGCAAGGAGGAACGUGCCAAGCGGGAGAACGCGAUACUCGCGCAGUUUCGCGACGUGCUGCAGGCGCGCUCGCAGCGUCGGGACGCCACGUAGCCCUCCGGCUGUUACACUAUUAGAUUAAAUACUACAUUGCACUGACAACCAUAAAUUUGUAGAUGUACUAGAAACAUCCAUGAAAUAAAUAUAAUUCUGAAAAUACAAAGUUUUCUAUGGCAUAUUGUAACAACUGUAAUCCUUUACAUGGAGCAUAGCUGUUGGUGUAUUGAUUAUAUGAAAUGAUUGAAAAACUAAUUGAGACUGAAUAUAUCCAUUACAAUAGAAACAAAAUUUCAUUAUUUAUUAUUAGUGAAUCUACAAGUUUUUUUAAUAUCCAUUAUAUUGUUGCAAUAAUCAGAAGCGGUGAUAUCUUCUAAUCUAUUGAAUGAUAUAUUGUUUAAAAGAAAAUGUUAGUAUACUAUAUUAAAUGCCCAAGGUAACAUAAUAUCCGAAUAAGAAUAAAUUUGGAGGAAAUGGCAUCAUAAGUAACCUAUAUUUUUUACUAAUCUAUAAAUACAAGCUAACGCGGACUUUUCUGCAUGUGUACUAAAAUUCUACUAAGUUUCAAGGUUUUAUCUUUUAACCUGUGUUAGCCAUGUUCGUAAAUGUUCGAAAACUGUUUUUUUUUUUGGAAAAAACACUUAUAACUUUUAACAAAUUAUAUAUACAAACCUUUCUCGUAGAUUUUGUAAUAAUAAAAACCAUACCAAAUCCUUUGUAUUGUGUAAAAGAAGUAAGCGGGUAUACAUAAAGGUUUUUGUAUACCCGCUUACUACACUAUACUUACACUAUAUAAAAUAUGAUACUA